UUGUAAUGCCUACUUAAGUUGAGUAUGUGAAUGAAAGAUGGUGAGGGCCGAGGGAAACAUGUAGCCACGGUGUGCCACCAGGAAAGUGUCUUUGGCAAAGCCAUUGUGAUCCUUCUUCCUUGGUGAAGUGUGUACGUGUGUGUUCCUCUGGUAUGUGUGCGUUCAUGUGUUGUGUGAGACAAACCAUGAAAGAGAUAAGAGAGAGUUAUGAGGAAGAAGAAGAAGGGCGCUGCGGUGAGGAGGCGGCGCCAAUAAUUGGUAUCAUGAGCUUGGUUGUCUUGGGCGGGGUUCGCCGUGCCGGAGGCGUGCCGGUGGUGACGGCGUUCGCCGGCGGCUGCGCGAAGCUCCGGGCCGUGUGUCGGUCUAUGGACGUGCGCGGCGCUGCGGCUGUCAUGGCGGACGCGGAGGUGGCGCGCGGUGAGUCCGCAGCGAGUGCGGCGGACAUGGAGGCAUCGGCUGCGGUGCUCGGCGAGUCCGCGGUGAUGCAGUGUGAUGCCGUGCGCGCGACGAGCAAUGGCGAACGCGGAGGCGAGGAGGUCGUGGAGGACCUGCGUGAUGGCGCAGAGGCCGCGGUGGCUCGGCGCGACGACCGUGGAGGCGCAGUGGUGCGUCGCAUGGAGAUGUGGCGCGUCGGCGGAGGCCGUUGUGGCGCGGUGCGACGCCAUGAAGCGGCGUCCGAGAAGGCUCGCGUCUGAGCGUGAGGGCAUCGACGACGUAUGUCGGCGGAACGCCGGGCGUGUGUCGCCGGUGGAGAAGGAGCUCAGUGUGUAUCGCCGGAGACGUGACGGAGCACGGUGCGACCGGCGUCAGUGCGCCAGGUCGGGUCCGUGGCGGUGCGACCGGCGUCGGUGCGCCACGUCGGGUCCAUGGGCUGGGUCACGGUCGUGGCGACGGCAUCGACAUGAGCUACUUCGGCGACGGCGAGGCCGUGGCUUAGGGGGUGUGUGUUGGAAUAAGCCACGGCGUCUGGUGCAGUCGGGCUCGUCGGGCGCGUCAGGUGCGCGCCGGACAUGCGGGACGCACUGGUGCGAUCGGGUGCGUCGAGUGCGUGCGGGACGUGCGGGACGCAGCGCCGUGACGAGUGUGCGUGCUAGUGGAACUGGGCAUCGGUUCGUGGCCGUGCCGAGUCUGUAGGUGUGCGUUGUGUACGUAGUUUGAGUUAGACUUCAGUUUGUUAGUGCAUGCAAGAUUGGUCAAGUCGUGGAGUUGGUUAGUGGCCGUGAGAAAUGGUCGUAGAGUUAGCCCAUGCAUUAGUUAGUUACUAGACUAGUUGUGCAUGGUGGGCGUGGCGUGAGUUUAGAAUUAAUUGGUAGUGGAGAUACUCUUGUAAUGCCUACUUAAGUUGAGUACGUGAAUGAAAGAUGGUGAGGGCCGAGGGAAACA